ACAGUGAGUCAUCUUAUAAGAAAUUAAGAAAACUGCUGGUUGGCGCUUGGCGCAUUGCCUACGCAUUUUUAACUGUUUACACGGAUGUUAGCUUUGUAUCUAUUCAUUCCUUUCUUGUUUUAGGACUUAUAGUAACUAUUAAAAGUAACAUUUUUUUAAUUAUUCAUAUUACCGGGUAGAAUUUAUAAAUGAACGUUGGCUAAGUAACCGUCAAGCUAGAGACGUAAAUAACUUAAAAAUGGACUUGUUUAAGCACGGUAUGAAGGGUCCCUUACGUCCAGCACCUUCAGUUCCACCGCUAAAUGGUGUGAAUCGCUACUCACCUGUCACCAAUUGGAAUGAUGAUCCCUUCGGAGCUGAUGUCUUUGAACCUACACCACAGUUUGCACAGAAAAAGAAGCCUCCACCUCGCCCCCCACCACCAAAGCUCUCCAGACAGCCGGAUAUUCCAGCUAAACCUUCCCACUUCAUCCGUAAACCAACAGUUCUUUCAUCACUUCUAUCACGUAAAAGUAAAACAGUGACACAAAAUUCAACAGUGAAACAACAUAUCGUGAACACAGAUUUUGGAAGUGAAGUAGACACUAAUAAAAUGUUUCCCAAAUGCGAAACGAGGAAUGUGCAAACUGGAGCAUUGAUUGAUUUUUCAUCACCACCGAGCUCACCAACGUUCACCACACGGUCUAGCAGUGACGGUCUCAGUGUUGACAGCUUUGGUUCAGAUGCUACUACGUCAACAAAUCAUCAUAAUCACUUUAAUGGUGGCAACGUUUCUCAACCUGAGAGUGGAUUCGAAGAUGAUUUCGAUUUAUUCUUAAACAAUAGAAAGCAAAUACAUAAAGAAGAUACAUUAGAAGAUUUGUUCAUAGCAGAUCCGUUCUCACCCCAACCUUUAACAAAGCCGCCUAUUAUGAAAAAACCGGUGAUAUAUCGUGAUAUUUAUGAUUCAACAAGCAAUAUUCAGGGUUCUGUGUUUAAAGGGCCAACAAUAAUACGAGCGAAACCCGCCAGGCCUAAACCACCUGAUAGCUCAGCAAUAUUGAAAAGUACAAUAAAUAAUAUGGCACCUUCUUUUAUGAAUGUGAACACAACUGUCCCUAUACAGAAGAUUAGCAGUGGCUUUGGAGAUUUCGAGUCGAAACCAUUCAGUUGGGAUGACGAAAGUUCACCGGAGAGGGAACCGUCACCCCCAAUGCCGACGAUACCACCACCACCGCCGCCCGUGGUCGACGACGACCCGACCUGGCCCGAAGACGUCCAAGAUUUCUUAUCUGAGAACAUGCUCGAAAAUAUAGAAGAUACGCAACCAUACGCGAUCGCUUUAUUCGACUAUUUCACAGAUCAUGAAGAGGAUUUAUGUUUUUCGGCGAAUUCAAAGAUCUUUCUAACAAGGCGUGUCAACGAGGAGUGGCUGUCGGGAAGAUUAAAAAAUGGCGUCGAAGGUCUUUUUCCGUCCAAUUACGUGGAGAUUAAGGUGCCUUUACCAAAUGAUAUAGCAACAAAACCGAUACUUGGUGAGGCGAUCGCAUUAUACGACUUCGAUCCAGUACAAACCGGUGAUUUACGGUUUUCAACAGGCGAUAGUAUACGAGUUAUGCAAAAAUUGAACGAAGAAUGGUACUUCGGAGAGUGUAAAGGCGUAAAAGGACAAUUUCCUGCGAAUUACGUCCAAAUGAGUUGAAUAAGGUGUAAUAUUUUAAUUUCUAAGCGUUUAUUCUAUCUGGUAAAACGGUUCAAAAUAUAAACGUAAAUUUUAGGAACUACAUAUUUUAU